GUCGUGUUCGUUGUUUCGGACGUCGACCUCCAAUUGUCUCGAAUGCUGCACAUGCGUCGCCGCCGAGCCAAUAUCAAUGUCUCAUGCUAGCUCCUCUCUUGCCAACUGGGACGGCAGCCAGGGCGGCUCGUUCGGAGAUUUGACGAUCAUACCGACCCAUCCGCCGAUCACCCCUCCCGGGGCAUAUAGCGUGCACAAUGCUACUACGCGAUCUAGGACGGUGGCUUGGGGGUCGGCAAAGAUGAUGCAGAACAGGUCGUGGCAGAAUUAUGUCGAGGAACCGAUGGCCUCGCACAUCAUGCCAUCUGGGUCAAAUACAGACGACGUGGUAUCUUUAUCAACGACCCACGAAAGCCACCAAGGGCCCAGAUCCCCGGAAAACUCAGCAAGUCGUUAGCUCUUGGAAUGUGCGGCUGACGCGAACAUCUGCUCCAGUACACACACCAAGCUGAACGCGUUUCGCCUCCUAAAAGUGAUAUCGAUUCUGGGCUCUUUGAUGGUUCACUCUCGAGUGAAGACCAAGACGACGAUCGAGCAGAGGAACACCCUCGGACCCCGGCAGCAAUGGACGAGGAUGCCACCGUAGAAACCCCUGAAUCCAACCGGGGCCAAUACGACCUGUCGGCGGAUGUUUCUUUUACCUCUGUAUACAACGAGCUAGAGUCCCGGCAUCGAACAAACUCACCCGAAAUUCCCAUUACCUCCUCCCCGGCGCGCCCCAUUCACCGAAACCCAGAACCGUUAUUCCUCCCUUCCUGCUCACCCGAAUCAUCUUCAGUGGAGAUUGUCCCCUCCGAAGACGAACUUCUUCCAGCUCUACGUCCUCGCCGCCAUCGACGGUCCAAGCCAUUCGUACUCAUACCCCCCUUUCCACGGGGAAAAACACGGUAUGACUACGAAUGGAGGCUGCCGCGUCUUGCGUUAGAACGUGCCAAGACGUGGGCGACUCACCCGGAUGACUACGGCGCAGACGACCCAACUUUCCGCAAUCUGCGACAGCAGGAUGACGCGGACGACGAAUGGGUCCCAUCUAUAUCGCGCGCCCAUAAGCGCAAAACGGCGCAGCCGCCCAAGCCAACAGCGCAAGGCUCUUCGCGCACGGCGAAACGGCGUCAAUCGGCCGUUGACAGCCGCAACGGGACACGUGCACGACAGAAGCGGCGGAAGGUGGACGACGAGGAUUCGGCGCGUCAGAGCAGUCCCGAGAUCGAGUUCGUCGAGAAUCCUGUCCCCAGGAAAGCUCGCAACGGCGACGGGUCGAAGAGCGCACCGAUUUUACUGGAUGAGGCUGACCCUGUUGCGUCCUCGGCUUCAUCUAUUGAUGAUUUCACGUCUGCUCUUACUCCCGUCUCCUCCGCGACUCCUGGCGCUUUGCUGGAGGAAGCUGCGAACAACGCCGCCGCGACUGCUUCCAACGAGAAUUGCGAUGAAGAUGGGGUGUAUGACUCCGCCUCGCGUGGUCAAAGCCAGAUUCCUACCACUCCUCGCUACGACGCAGACAGAGCUGGUCAGCCCUAUUCUCUGAGCGAUUCCUCGGAUCUUGACGGGUUCGAGGUCCUCGAGGAGAUCCCGAUAAAACCUUUCGAGGACGCUACGGAUAGUUCGCGAGCCCUCAAGUUUUCCGUGGAUCGCACUAUCCGUCUCAUGGAUAUCGCCGAUGACACCAAUACUACUCUCGGUGCUGGCCAUCUGGAAGAUCUUGAAGCGUAUUUGAAGCAUGUCGAAAAAGCCAACGUUAUGGUGAGCUGCAGAUUGCGCUCGCAGCUGCAGCAGGACGUGGUUGCACCGGUUGAGCCUCCUCCUCCAGAGCCGGAGCCCGAUUUCGACGUGCAUCGGCCGGAACUCUCGCCAUUUCGGAUGCCGUCCUUUCAGUCAACAACGGAGGGGGGUGCGUCUUUCGUGAUGUUAGGGCACGCGGCUCUCCCCCAGCACGACGACUGGUUGUACUCGGUCGCGGCCAUGCCUGGUGCGGAGAACGAUGCGAUGCAGUCCCUUUCUGCCGCGGGUAUCAGUCAGACCGACAACAUGAAUGGCAUGACGCGCAACAUUGACAUCUUCCAGCAUUUUAUGGAGACUAACAGGAUUGACGGAGGGUCCGCCGUUUCCCUCCCCCAACUUGAUUCGCAUUCCCUCUCCCAUCCUUCGACGUCUGCUUACUCGUCGAUCGCGCCUUCUGCCAUUUACACGGGCACUGUCGACCCUUCCCUUCUCGGCGGGCCGCCUCCGGUUUCUUUGCCGGCGAAGGAGGUCGAUGACUUGGUUCUGAUUCAGUCGCCUUCGACAUCAUUCUCUCAUUCAUUCGUCCUUCCAUAUCAGGAACAACAGUAUCAUCCACACAGCGACGACGAGGCGUACCACUCCGACGGAGGUAAUUCCAGCACAGAUUCUUCUGCGUCGGAGUACGGUGCCGAGCCACGACCGGCGGACAAAUCUCCGAUCGAUCAAGCUUCGCCACCGCGGAGGAAAUCCGCUCGCGGACGCAUUCCUAAGCAGCGUUGGGGGUCUGAGGCCAGCAUCACGUUCGCGGAUAAUAGGAGCGGACCUAGUCAACUGCCGAAGGUCAACAUGAAGCUGAAGCAGCCGAAGGCGAAAUCCGCUGUUGACCUACGAUCGAUCGACGUGGCGAGCUCAAGCACGCUCAGGGAAGCUAGUGUGCGCAGUGUGUCCGUGCGCUCGUUUCCGUUGCCGGACUUCACUAAGACAGCCGCUCGCACGAAGCAACCAGAGACCGGCGAGGAGUCAUUCUGCCACCAGUGCCGCCGCAAAACCCGAUAUCCCAAGAUGUCUUGUGCAAGAUACCCCUGCAAACUCCUUUUCUGUGUUCGUUGCAUUGAUAAUCGAUAUCCCCAUAUCGUCUUCGAUGCCUCGCUCAGGCAUUGGGUCUGCCCGUCGUGCGAGGGAGUGUGCAAUUGCACCCACCACACUCGAGCGCGAGGCGAACGAUACAUCGGCCCGCGAUCAAGGGAUCCCGCGAUCAAAGGCACUAAGAAACCCAAACAACCGAAACGAAGCGAGAAAGCCCCCGCAUGUGGCACACAGCGCCGCAAGCGCGUGACACCCUCGUCAAUUGGGGAAUAUGAAUCAGACGACGAAGCCUUUGGUCCAGAGGAUGCGGAGAUCGCCCCGAUCGUAGCCUAUCCGGAACCAGGAAUGUCGUGGGGCACCGUGUACCUGACAUCGGGGCAACGCGCUGGUACGGGCAUCGUGGCACUGAACAACACUGUAAUCGUUCCUGGCAUCGAUCUCAGGACGAAGCGAAAAGCACGAGGUUCCAAACGCUUGUUCAUAGGCUCCCCUCUACCCGGUUGGCGUGUACUCCCACUUGUCGAUGAAAAUCCUUCCGACUCCCUUACUCACAAACCCGGGGAUGACCUCCAGCAGACCACCCGACGACGGCUUUUUGUCGGGAAUUCUGCAGCCCUACGCUGGC